GUGAGAGAGAGCGAGAGAGAGAGAGAGAGAGAGAGAGAGAGAUUACUCUUUCAUUCCAGCCAAUGAGACGGUCGAUAUACUAAGAUUUUCAUAGUUGUGCAGGAGCACAAAGUGAGCUGACUGUGUGAACUUCCAGGUAAAACUGCAAAGCGACUCAAGCUCCUGAUACUCAGGUCUUCUCCUCUUUAAGCCCUCGAGGCCGCUCCUUCAGGCUUUGAUGCCCACACUCUUAAAAGCAGGUGGACAGACACAGGCAUGAGUAACAGUGGGACCAAAGAGCCGUCUCCCCAGCCGAGCACUGCCCAGCCACCUCCUGAGCCUCCGCGCAGGGGGAGGGGUCGGCCACGUAAACAGCAGCAGGAGCCUGUUGGACCACCGACUCCAAAGCGACCGAGAGGACGACCGAAAGGCAGCAAGAACAAAGGCCCCAGAACUGCACUGAAGAAAGUAGAGCCCGUUGGGGAGAGACGACCACGUGGGCGACCGAGGAAAUGGCCUCAGAAAGUAGUUCAAGAAGUAACUGAAGAGCAGCAGGGCUCUUCAGAAGAGGCCGAGGAGGGCCCCUCACAGGCCUCGUCAUCUCAGGUUCCAGCACAGGAGGAAGGGGAGUAGAAACUACACCUCUCUACCUACCUCAAGGUUUGGCCUCAAACAUACAGGAGUAAAAUUUGACUCCUAUCUGUGAUGGGGAUUCAGGAACACACACAUACACUCACAUACAUACACACAAAAUCAUUGUAAACAGUAAUUCUUUUUCAAAUGGAGUGCUCUACCCUGGAUUUGUUGGUUCACUACAAGUUUGGUGAACAUCUCUGUUUUAACAUUGAAGAACUUGAUCAUUUGAUAGGGGUUUUUUCAUAUAAUAGUUUUUGGAUAUGCGCUCUAACGCUCUGCAAGAAAACUAAGAAGUGUAUUUCCCAAAUUGUUGGACUAUUCCUUUUAAGGAUACCUGCUUUGCUGAACCCCUCAGUGUGAGUGUGUAUGUGCACGUGUGUGUGUGCUGAGUGGUUGUGUGGAGAGGGGACAGGUUUGCAGGCUAAAAUGAGGGGGUGGGGGGGCGGAGUUCAUUAAAAAAAAAAGAACCAAACUGAACCGUUUUAUUGAAACAUGUUUCUGACUUAUGUGUCAUGAAUCCUCAUAUGAAAUGGGAGCAAGACGGUGACAUUUUUAGCAAUGUUACAAUAUAAACAUGGUGCGCUGAAGUCAUUAUUAUGAAAGUAGAUGUGAAAGGUUUUAUUCCCAAAUGAAAUAUCCAACUUUGGAGGGGAAAAUGUCUUGUGUUCUUUACAUUGGAUUACAUUAGCUCAAAUGUCAAUGUAAGCAAAAGUAUUCACAUUGUUAAUAACCUCAGUGAAAUGCAGCUUUUUUUUCUCCUUCCAACCAGCAGCUGAUUAAAAAAAAAGUGCCCAAAGGUUUAAAUGGAUAUCUCAUUUUGGAGGGAACCCUUCAUACAGUAUAUACUAUAGUCAACAACCGUGUUGAGAAGUCAUUUUACCACACUCAGGAUUUCACUAUUACAGUGCUUUUACACCAUAUUGAAACCUCAGGAACAAAACUAUUCAGGAACAUGUUGUCAGUCUACUCGGUAAUAAUUAUUGUGCUGUGUUUGUUGUGCAUUUCUGAUCUGUAUUUGACAUUACCAGUAUGCCUUGACACAAAGACCUCAUGUAAACCUCAGUUACCCUCAGUUUCUUAGUCUCUCAUUCUACCUCAGUUACACAAAAGACAGAAGAUCUCCAACAAAGUAACUCUCCACUCCCUCAGCAGUGACUUACACAGGUGCAGAUAUACAACACAGACAGGCAAAGGGUUUUCAGGCUUACACACAAACAAACACACAGACUCCAGUAGAGGGUUUUACUAGUGGUGUUAAAAUAAAAGCAUCAGUGUCAUUUUUUUAAAGAACUGUAUUUGUUAAAAGUUGAAGUCAGAGUUGGUUUUUUCUCCUGGGAAAUAAAAUACAGCCAAUAGUUUACAAUAACUUGAUGAAAUACUUGCUUUUUAGGGUGUAGUUCUGUAUGAAAUACUUGUUUUGUCACUUAUUUUUUUUUUGUCUGGUUUUUUUGGAUUGAUACGCCUUUCUCAUUUUUACUAUAUUAUGUGUUUUCAGAUUCAUACACUGUAAACUGUACGUGUGACACUUGUGUAAUUCAUGUGAUUUGAAAGGAAGGGCAGCAAAUAACCACACAGUGUUGAAAUACAUGACAGUUAUGGAAAACAACAAGACUAUGUCAGCGUAGUAACCUUGUAUGCAAAUUACCAAAUAAAUUCUGGGUAGUUAAUUAAUACUCAACACUGCAUCAAUAACCCUGUCUUUGUUUGACCAAUUUUUGAGAGAAAAAAAGGACCCAAGUUGUACCUUCCUUCUCUUAUUUGCUUAUUAAAUACGAUGCUAUAACAUUUGGUAGACAACGACCACUGUGGCCACAAAGUUACAGUAAAUGCUAAAUACUAAAAUAUAGUGUAACAGUAGCACAAGUAUAAUGUAGUUCUAAAGUCAGCAAAUAUUUGCUACCAUUAGUGACUGGUUAUAUGAGACCAAGUGAGGUUGUAGCAGUGUAAAGGUUAGAGAGUAUCUUCUCUCUAACCUUUCAUGGUGUUCAGCCAUGCAGAUGGUUUUGGUUUUAUUUGGUCAGGCUUCAAGACAUCCGUUUCUUAGAUUUCUCAUGACACCCCGAAACAUUGGAAACGAAUGGAAAUUUGUGGUCGCACAUGGUGUUGAAAAAGAAAACAAAACCAUCUGCAUGAUUAAAUACCACUGGAGCACUAGAGGUUAAGUGUAAACAUUUAAUGUAAUUUGGGAGAACUCACACUUUAAGGUUAACUAAUUAAAAAAAAAAAGUUGUACAUUUUAUAUGUAAUUAAUCACUAAUAAUUACGCAUUUAUAAUUUUGCAAUUUAACAACUUGUCAUAUAGAGUAAUACUGGUAUUUUGGAGGAUUUUUUUAAUAGCUUACCAAAUCAAAUUGUUUUAAGAAAUCAAAGCUAAAGAUGUUUUCAGCCUCCCCUUUUUUUUUUUUUUUUUUUAACAAAAAUGUUUUUGACACUUUGUUGGUCAGGAUUUUGGCGCUUAAACUGAAAGACAAAUGCAAAUACUUAAGCUUCCUAAGAUUCACUGUCCCUGUGUCAUCAUGCGUUUUAUGCAUUUAUCCAGCACGAACUACAUAUCAUUUACUAGUUAUUACAUGACUUGAAUAUCACUCAUCAUUUACUGUAUAUAUAAAGUGUUUCUUCACUAAAAGUUGCUUAUUUUAUCACUGAUGAUAUGUUGUAUCCCAAUAAUUUUAUGUAUUUCAGCAUUGUUUACUAAACUGCUGCCAGAAGAGCUCAAUUCAUUUACAGGCAUGUAUGUUCUCUUGUUCAACUGCAUUGACUUUACGUUGUUUUUUUUGGGGGGGGGGGGCAGGGGGGG